CGCACAGGCGCGGUGCGGCGGGCGGGGCGGGGCCGCCUGUCCCGCACACAAAAGGGAGCGGAGCGAGGGAGAGGCGACAGUGGCGAUUGGUCGUUUUGUCCGCUGGGUCCUGCCGGGGAACGGUGACACCCGAGGGGAACCGUGACACCCGGCUGUGCCGCCGCCAUGUCCCGCCGCAGCCAGCGCCUUGUCACUACGCGCUAUUACCCCGGGGAGGACGAUGCAGCGACCAGCAGCAGCAGCAGCUCCUUGCUGGGGAGCUCCUUCAAGGAGAGCAGCGGCAGGAUGGCAAGGAGGAAAUCGAGCAGCAUGAAACGCCUUUCUCCUGACCCAAGCACCCAAACCUCCUACUACAGCGAGUCCAUGAUGAGUGAAUCCUACCUGGGGGGUAGCCGGGGCCUUGCUGCCCUGGGCAGCUCUGUGCUGGAUGAUGACCUGGACAGCAGCAUGUACUGGGGGGCAGGCAGGGAGUUCUCCAACAGGAGGAGGAGAGGCACAGAAGACUCAGAGUCCAGGAAGAUUAAUGGGCUGCUGGAGAGCAAGACGUAUGACACUUAUGCCUCUUCGUCUGGAUACUCCUCAGAAGACGAUUAUGCUGGUCACUUGGACUCAGGCCAGAGUAGCUCAUCGUCAGGGCUGAAGACCGCAGCCUCUCGGGUGGGCUCCUUUCUCUGGCAGGUGCUCACCUUCCCAGUUUGGUUUGUGAGAUGGCUCUUAUCGGGUCUGGCAUCUGCCUGGCACCGUGUCACUGGCAUGGAUCUCCGCCUGGGUGAUGUUCCCCUCUCCAGGUGCUACCUGUGGCUGAAGAGGUCCCUGCUGCUGCUACUGCUUCUCCUUGUCCUCACCGCGGCUGCCUAUGGAGCUUGGUACUUCUAUCCAUACGGACUGUCGACACUUAGCCUCCCCGCCUUUCCAUGGCACGGAGCUGGAAAGCUUUCCUCCUCUGGAGCAGGAGACCUGACCGCGCUGGACAAGGGGCUACAGGGGGAGCACCAGCUCCUGGCUCGCUUCCAGGCACUGGAGAAGAGCCUGGAGGCGCUGCAGGACAAGAUCUCCAAGGGGGAGCUCUGGCAGAUGGCAGCAACAGGGGCACAGCCACCCCUGGAAGAUGUUCUGGCACUGCUGGAGAGGCUGAUGAGCCACCGGGACACAGGGCUAAAAGAGCAUCUCAGCAGUGACAUGACCAGGCUCCUGCAGGGUGAGCUGGAUGCCUUGCGUGCCCAGGUGCAGAGGGAUUUAGACAAGCGCCUGGACAAGAUGGGAAAGUCUUCUCAGGAGAUGGAGGCCCGCUUCCUGGAGCUGAACUCGCAGUGGCAGAGCUCAGCACAGGAGGGCCUGCGAAGGAGCUUGCGGCAGGAGGCGGAGCAGGAGAUGGCAGUGCUUAAGAGGGAGCUGGUGCACCUCAAAUCAGAGCAGGAGCUUCUGGGGAAGCACGUGGAGGAGAUACUGGAGAAGCUGAAGGCGAUGCGGACAGAUGUGGAAGCGCAGUUUCCAGCAUGGCUCAGUCAGUUCCUGUCGCAGUCGCGGCAGGACGGUGCUGCUGGCCUCAUCCUACAGAAGGAAGACUUGCAGACGGAACUCCAGUCCCUGGAGCAGAAAAUCCUGGCCAAAGUCUUGGAGGACCAGGCGCUGUUGGUGCAGGAUAUUCAGGCUGGUACUGGAGUGGCUGUGCGGGAAGGGGUGACAGAGGAGCAAGUGCAUCACAUUGUGAGCCAAGCCCUGCAGCGCUACAGUGAGGACCGCAUCGGGAUGGUCGACUACGCCUUGGAGUCAGCGGGAGCCAGUGUCAUCAACACCCGCUGCUCAGAGACCUACGAGAUGCGGACUGCACUGCUGAGCUUGUUCGGCAUCCCCCUGUGGUACCACUCUCAGUCCCCUCGUGUCAUCCUACAGCCUGACGUCAACCCUGGGAACUGCUGGGCAUUUCGUGGGUCCCAGGGCUUUGCUGUCAUCCGUCUGUCCAGCAUCAUCCACCCCACGGCUGUGACGCUAGAGCACAUCCCAAAAGCCCUCUCGCCUCACGGGACCAUCUCCAGUGCCCCCAGGGAUUUUGCUGUCUAUGGCUUGAAGGAAGAGGGAGAAGAAGAGGGCCUUCUCCUGGGGCAGUUCACCUAUGACCAUGAUGGUGACCCCAUCCAAACUUUUUACUUCAAGGCUGAUUCCAUGGGCACCUACCAGCUGGUGGAGCUCCGUGUGCUGAGCAAUUGGGGCCAUCCUGAAUACACCUGCAUCUACCGUUUCCGUGUCCAUGGGGAGCCAGCACACUGAUUUCCAGCUCCCACAUGGGAUGAGGAAUGCUGCUGAGCUGAGAGCAGGAAGAGUUUUGUCUGUUUUGCUGCUUUGCAUUAAGAAGUCCUGGGAUGCACCCGCAGCUGUCCCAGGGAAGCUGCUCCUCUUCAGGGAGAAGAUCUGGUGUUUAAGGAGUGAGGCUUUCACUCUUCCAAGGACUGAGGUGGUGAGACAAGAUCAUCCCAUGUUGGUUCGAGUGUGCAGCCUGACUUGUUUUCAGUGUGUAUUGGAUACUUUAACUUUUUAAGCUAAUUUUUUAUCGAGUCCGCGCGGCCGCUUGUCCCUGUUGCCCUGCUCCUCUCUGACGGUGUGCCUAGCAUUGCUGGGGCUUGGGAAAGAGGUAUGUAACCUUGCAAUGUGCUUCACACAGGCUUGGGCACAAUACAGCAUAUGGGACUGUGGUGACUGGCUCAGUGGUGUCAGAGUAGGUGGGAGACAGUGGUCGUGGCCACCCAAUCUCUCCUCUUCACAUAAGGUCAUUUCUCCUGCCUUGGUGUUGGCUAAGAUCUCUAGACCUUCAAUGCUGGGCUAGCAAAGGGGAAAUAAGACAGUGUUAAUGAAGUAUUAACAUUAAAACUAAAGGUUUGGGACAGCAGGAGGGGAGAAGUUUGCCGGAGCUCACCUGGGUGCUGUUGUCCAUCCACUCGAGCUCUCUUGCUGCUGGUGGCUUUGUUGGCCCCCCCAGCUGGCCGGCUCCCUGGUGGUACGCUUGAUGAUGCUCUGGAAAGCUCCUGUUGCCUGCUUCUGGGGUUUCUUUUUUUUUUUUUUUAGUGUUUUUGUUUUGUUAUUUUUUUAAGGGGGUUGGGGAGGGUGGAUAUUUUCUAGUUGGGAGUUGGGGAUUUUUUUGUAGUAAGAAAGGAAAAAAUACUUUUUACAUGUGAUUUCUACUUAACCGGAGAAUGUUACGUGGUGCCGCUUGGGUGAGUGGCUUAGACACAGAGAGGGUUAGAGCUUUGUUUACUAGGAGAAUAGCACACACAGUGCUGGACUGAGAUGAUGUUCAAAAUAUGGGCCUUGAGUUGUCGGUGGCUUGGUAGCUGGACCUAGGAGACAAAGUCCUCUGUGGACUGCUGCUCAGUGGUGUGCCAGAGGCACACCUGCCUUCUUUGCUCUGGAGAUGUCCUCUGAGACUGCAGUAUGUGGCGGUGGCCUUUUUGCCCAUGGCUGCAUCUGUAUAUAGGAGACUGUUCAUAGCAGGCAGGAGCUGCUGCCCUGGUGGUAUGUUCGACUCUCUCUGUGCCUCAGUGCUCUUUGGGAUGGGAGAGCGGGCAAUCUAUAGGGACUGCAGUUGUCAGAAUGCUUCUUCACCUCGGGGGGGGGAGGGAGAGGGGGAGCAGGGCCUCCCCCAACCUGCAGCACUAAGAGCUGCCUCCAUCACCUCCCAGUUCCCAAUGACAGAUGGCUGGCACAGACUUGUCUUUGUUUCUCUUGGAAAGACUUCCUUUCCCUCCUGCCUUCUUGCUGGCAUGGCUCAACUCCUUGAGCCCUGGCUGCAGAGGACAAGGCUGGAGCAGGACAGGGAGUCCUGCCUGCAGUGGGCAUGCAAAUCCUACCUCUACCCAUCAUGGGAUGGGGUAGAGUCGUGGCAGGGGAGGUUAGGAAGGAUGUGCAGGGACCUGCCCUGGGCCUGAGAAGUCCCAGGGCCAUCUGGCUGUUCCAUGUCCUGGCUGCCUGCAGCACACUUUGUUUGGCUUAUGUUCUUGGACGGUAUUUAUAUCCUCCACGUUUGUCUUGCUUUUUGUUGAAAGAAAAGCUAAAGGGCUCAUGUUUAGUGUUUCAGCCCUGUCUGAUGCUGGCAUCGUCUUCCCCUGGCACUGUGAGCACUGGGGGAGCGCCUUGAACCGAUUCCCACUCUGGUCUCCACUUGAAACACUGUAGGGCGAGGGCUGUAGAGGAGAGGAAGGGGCUGAAGAAGUGUCUUCCCUUCAGCAUGUGCAUUGGUCAGAGGUGCUGAGCCCUGACCCUCUUUGUGCUAGAGGGGAUGAGGAUUAUGACAGUACAUUCCUUCUGGAGGGUCUCCUCAUUGCAAGCUAGGGACACGAGCCCAAAGCUUGCAGCCCAACCCUCCUAGAGGCUAAAACUACCCUGUGGAGCCCCCUGCAGAGCUGGGAGGCCCUGCUGCCAGGAGAAAGCAGACCUAUAGCCAGAUCCAGUGACAAUGAAUUCUGUCCUAUAUUGAGCGUAGUCUUAAUUCUUGGCAUCUGCAGCCAAAGUUAUUUUAAACUUGUCUACAUGCCUUGGAGUCAUAUCUGUGAGUGCCCUGUGCACACAGCGUUGUGCUUUUUCUGAAUGCCUAGGCCUGUCCCAGGCUCAGCAAAGCAGCUCCUGUAUUUAAUUGAACCAUAAAGAGAGCAGAGAUGAAGCUCUCCCCUUCCCCCAGGUUUUCUCUGGCUGGUAGAGAAAAGGCUAGAACUUUGAGGCUGGAAAUCCCCUUUUCCUGCCUCCCUUCUGGCUCCCUGCCCUCUGGGUUGGGCUGUGAGAGUGGGUGAUCUCUUGGUAAAUGAAGCAUGCUGGUGAAAGUUAGGAAAGGGUGACCUCUUCCCCCAAGAAGAGAGUUGGAGCAGAGUCUCUGCUCCUUCUGGGGGGGGUAUUAACUUGCCUAUGGGGCAGGGCUGCAGCCUGAGCGCCUGUACAGAGUGCUGGGCCAACUGCCUUUUGCCAGCACCAGCUUCCAGUCUUCCUAUAGCACUUUUCUGAGCUGCAAAGGAAAAGAGGGCACUUGAAACUGCUGGUUCAGCACAGGGUGUCUGCCCGGGGGUAUUGAAUCCUAGUCCUGGUGCAGAAGAUGAGCCUGGUGAGGCAGAAGUGUGAGACAGCUGUGGAAGCACAUUUCCCGC